GAGGGUAGGCUCGUUACGGGUGCACAAAGGUCUCAAAGGCCCAAUUGACUGGUACCCUCUUAACUGGAGUUAUCUAUCCCUUGUGACGUUGCUGGCCGCAUGCUCUUUCACAUGUUACGACGACAAGUUGACGCUGUUGAUCAUCGAUCAAAGCUCCGAGCAGCUUAGGUCGUUUGCGGUAGCUUAUCUAUUUUAUCUUUAACCACAUCGUACCGCUACCCAGACAGAUGCCUCUCUAUCUCUGUGUUGACUGUGGAGGAUCCAAAACUUCAGCAGUCAUUUGCGACGGUGAUGGUCAAAUUAUAGGUCGUGCAUACGGUGGUUCAUCCAAUUUAGCCUAUGUUGGCUUUGAGGCUUUCAUGAACGCGAUUCGAAUUUCGGUGGGCGAUGCCCUCAAGACUUGCGUUUCACCUCCAUCCGUUGAGCCAGUCUCACUUCCACCAUCGAAUCUCACUUUUGCGGCAGCUUGGCUUGGGGUCUCUGGCGUUGACUCACCCGCAGCCGUCGCAUCCAUCUUGCAGCCUCUCUCGGAUCUUCUCGGUAUCCCAAUGGGACCGAAACUCGCAGUUGCAAAUGAUACUCAUUUGCUUGCAUCACCGGUGCAAAGGUAUCCAGACGUGACGUCUGCUGUCGCCGUAGUUGGAGGAACAGGCGCAACCGCUGCCUCCUUUAGAAAGGCAGUUGGACAGUUGGAAGAGGUAGGCAGGAUUGGUGGUUGGGGAUGGAUUCUGGGAGAUGAAGGUGGUGGUUUUAGUGUCGGAAGAGAGGCCAUUCGUUACAUCCUAGCUCGCAAUGACAGAGAUUCCGUCAAACGACGCGGCUCUUUACCACUCGCCAAGGAAGGCUCCCUUGAAGACCGCAUAUUACGAUACUUCAGUUGCAAUACCAUUAUGGAACUUCUAAACGAAGUACACGCUGCCGAUCCAGGGUCCAUUUCAUCGUCAGCUCCUACCACGCAACUGACAGCGCCCCAUUUGUCCCUCACACGAGAAAAACGCUUGUCAUCGUUGUCGCCAUUGGUGUUUUCCGCUGCUUUCGAGAACAAUGAUACAGAAGCAUUGGCGGUUCUCCAACUUUGUGCGGGAAUGUUGGCGGACCAAAUCGCCGUCCUGGUGGGAGAACGCACCGAGGAACAACCUGGACUUGUCUCAGCCAAUGAGAGUGUUCUGUCAUUUGGAGGCUCUUUGGUUGGCCUCAAAGUAUAUCGGAAGAUGGUUCUGGAUGCUUUGACUGAGAAGGGUCAUGUUUUCCGACGAGUCGAGUUUGUGGACGAUGCUGCUGCUUCUGGUGCUCUGGCAUUGGCUGUUCGGUACAAGUCCAAUGCUUAAGAUAUAUGGAAUAGUAUUCUGUAAACUAUUAGACUAUGUGUUUGUAUUCAUAAGGAAGGUUUGUGACUGCCGUUAGUCAUUGUCAGCGUC